AUGCCCGAGGAACGUACUAUCAAUCGCGAGAAGCACUGCCCGUUUCUAUUACGAGUUUUCUUUAGCAAGGGAGCACAUAAUAGAAGUGAUGCGUUUGAGACUCUAGAAGACAAACCAAUUGCUAAUGAACUCCAUAUUUACACGUGGCCUGAUGCAACGCUGCGGGAGAUGGCUGAUCUAGUGCAGGAUUCGAAUACUGACGCUCAGAAGCCCAAUAUGCGUCUGAGUAUUUGUGUUGUAUCAGAAACAAGAGAUGGAAGUAGAUUGCUCAUGCGCAAAGUUGGGUAUGUAAAUAGUAGUCGUCGUCGAUGUGCAGAUGAUAGUAAAACACUUGCUAGUGUACGUUUUCAUCCCGGUGAUUUGCUGGAUAUUGCAUUAGUUGAGUAA